AUGGCAAUCUUACACACGAGCACUGUACUGUUUUCGAAAUCUGUGCAGCUGGCUCGACACCUGUCUCGCCUGCCCCAGGUAUACAGAGAAAACGUAUUAUUCUUCGCGCUGUCGGCGGACGCCCACUCCGAGUCUGAGCUGUCGGCCAUCGUGUCCAGUUUGACCUCCUUUUCGAAUCGGAAUGUCGGAUGUCUAUCGUCCUCGGUGUCUCCUUGGCUCAAGAGCAACGUCCCUCGCAUAUCUUGCAGCUUGGCGGUCUUUGACAAGUCUGCUACUACCGCCUUCCGAUCUACCAUUCCCGGCCGAGCCGAACCGCAAGUAGGCCGCUGGCACGCGUUCCGGAAGAAGGGGGAGACUUCCCCGCCGCCUGGCACAUACUCGGUGGGUCUGAAGGAAGACGUCAACUGGGAGGACGUGUGGAAGCGAGACCUAGGCGGUAACGAGCUGCCACAAGAGCUGAGGGGCCUAAGCCCGGAAACCGUCAAGGGCGUUGCGUAUUUCUCUGACCUCGCGCCGGAAGGGUUGAACAAUGCUCUGAAUGCCCUUCCGAAUGCUAAUAAGCUCGGUCUCCUAGCAUCCUCGACUCCCUUCAUCACUGGAAGGCCUGUAACUCUCUUUCACGACGGGCAGAUAUACUCGGAUGGUGCGGUAGGCAUAGCCACCACGAAAAGCAAUACUGCCUCCAGCGUAGACUUCCACGGUCUGCGAGAAAUCACGCCCCUGUACCAAAUAACCAGAUCGGACGGGAACUUAGUACAAGAACUGGACAACUCUAACCCCGCCGGGAUAUUGCUCAAUGCCAUACGGUCCAAUGCUGCGAGCGACAGCCUGGCUCAAGACGAGGUAUACUUCCUCGGUGUUACAAAGAAUAACAAACUUCAGCAGGUGUACAGGAUCAUGUCCGGGGACCCAGCUCGCGGUACGAUAUCUCUCGAAACUGGCGUCGCUCCUCCCGCAGGCACCUCCGUCAAGCUCUAUCAUCUGCCGAAUGAUGCCGGGGCUGAGAGUAUCACUUUUGCACCUUCACCAAGGACAGUGUCAUUCCUCAGCACGCCUGGGACUAGAGACAACGAAAAGAAUGCUGUCGGGGAACCGGAAGAACUCGAUAUCCGGGAAGAUAUGUUUUUGGCUGGAAGUGAGAACGGUUGGAUGCUCAAGACACCUGGACGAGUACAGCCUGAAGCUGUGGCGGACGUGCACAGCUCUCCGAACUCACAAGAGACGCCCGAGCCCAGCGGCUCUGUAGAGAACAAACGUGCCAGACGACGUAGUUGGCUAGGCUUAGGCGGGCAGAAGUCUAGUACUGAAGGCGCUGACGGGAGUGCGACCUCGACGACGAGGAGACGCUGGCGCAGGUCAUCGAAGGUGCCCGUCCAAGUCAGUGAUGUUAGUGAGUCUGUUGCGGAGACUGCGACGGGUCCCGAGACUUCCUCUGCCUAUGGCAGCGCAGUAGAGGCUCCUGCUCCUGCUAUAAGUAAUGGGAAGGCGGACGGGAGUCAGGCUGAUGUGGUUGAAGAGGGGGCGAGCGCGUCGAGUUCUGCGGUACCACCGCCUUGCGAACCUAUUGUCAUCGCGUCCUCGCCGUCCCUCGAACCUGCACUGCACGAGAUACACCCUCCAAUUGACGAAGUGCCCGAGUCGCGCGCUGAUGAAACCCCAGUCGGCCACUUCGAACCGUUAUCCGAGCAUCCAUCCGACUCUGCGCAAGAUAACGUUGGUGACAAUCAGCAACCCUCCGAGCCCCGUCAUUUCCCUCCUGCCGGAACCCUGGUAGUGGUACAAGGGGUCGUUCAUACGACUGACGUGCCCCGUCGGAGCAUCGAUUCGCAACAGCCGCCCCGAUCUGCUAGUCCUGGCACGCUUCCUCCAUCUGCCCCUUCCACGCCAGCUUCUCCCACCACCAGUCUUCCCCCAACCACCCGCCGAUCCCUCUCCAUGUCGCGCUCGUCCACCCCCACUCCCAGGUCUGAAUCCAGUGGCCGAAGGAAUCGGUUAUCAGCCCUUAUCUCAGGCUCCAGGCGAUCCAGCUUGCUUGGUCCUCGAAGAGAGUCGGCCGACACCGCGUCUGGCAUCAUCCCGUCACGAAGUAGUGUUGACACGGAAAGUGCCCAUGCACUGACUUCGAACACUACGGAAGAAUCCUCGAGUCAUUUCGAGGCCCCCAGUGCCCCGGCUGCCACUAUGAACACUGAACCUUUGGAAGAGGGCGAGGAGCAUGCGGAACCUGCGGAAACGCCGAGUGUAGUUCUGCCACCUCACUCUGUAGACCAGGCUACAUCCCCUCCAAACCGCGGGCGUUCUACCCUGUCCCCUGGUAGCAUCGAGGUUCUAGGUACCUUAUUAAGCGUUGCAGCAGCAGCUACUGCGGCGUCUCUAGUUAGCGGGUCCUCCGACCCGCUGUCUAGUUUCCGCUCAGGCUUCGGCAAUGGAACUAUCCCUGCUCCCCCCUCCACACCUGCCAAUCCAUUCAUGCUACCCCCCAGCCCAUCGUCGUCGCCGCCAACCGGGCCUGAGAGACCUACGUCGCCCACACCGACCGCUGGCCUGGGCUUAGGCGGGCUUGGCUUAGGCGGCCUGAGCAGCUUAGCUAGUGGUCGCUCUGAAGAAGUUGAGAAUGAUCGCGGCCGUCGGUCGAGGGCGAGGAACUCCUGGGGUGGACUCAGAGAGCGUCUGGGGCUUACCCAGGCUCCGACUUCGCCGAGUGCUGUUCCAACGGGCAGCGCCUCUUCAACACCCAGGCCUAGUCUGAGUGCGCCUCCUUUGACGCCUGCUUCGCCAUCCAAUGCGGGCUUCGACACAGGUGGUUCUGCCGGCGCUGGCGAUGCUGGAGGGCAAGGUGCUGCGCUUGAUCCGCGGGAGAGGAUGCUGAGAGAGAUGGCGAGAGCUUUGAGCCAGGGGCUGGGGAUCGCUGACCGGAAUGCGGACAGUAAUGCUAGCACGGCGUCGCCAGCGUCGAACGCGGCCGGAGUCGAUACUCUGCCGUUACCUGCUCCCACAGCACCGAAUGUGUCGUCACAGCCGGCAGGCCCCCCUGCCCCGCCUCCUGCUGAAGGCAGCUUCGAGCGCUUCCUGGUCGACCUGCAGGCCGAUCUGCGGACGGCCUUGAGCGAGAAUCACGAUGACAAUAGCGAAUCGGACGAGGCAGCGAGCGCUGCUCGUGCCUCUGUGGAGGCGCCCAGGACCGGUAGUGAUCAACCCAGGACGUCGGUCGACUCAGCCGUGGAUGAACUUGGAGAUGUAUUGCCUACGUCUCUUCGCAGUUCGGACAGCGAGGAGAGUGAUGGAGACAUGCCCUCCUUGCGCUCGGUGUCUGAUUCCAGCUCUGAGGACGAGUCUGAAGAGGAGGAAGAGUAUGAGGAACCGGCAGGUCCAGAGCGACCACAUGAGAACAUUGCUGAGGGUAUAUUCUCCCGAGCUGUUGCGGAGUCGCGGCCGUCGCCGCCGCCAGCUGAGACGACUUCGCCUUUUUCUCCGCACCGGCGCGUGGAAGGACAUACUACAAGACGUCCUGGUGGUGGUAUCAAUUGGUGGAGGUUGUACCGCUUCCCUCCUAUGCCGAGCCCUUCGACACAGGCACAGGCUGCUGGAACUGCUGGCAGCGCUAACACGUAUCCUACGCGUGGUUCUGAUGCGCCAGGUGUUAGUACUGUUCCAACCGUGUCAGAACACGUUGAGCAACCCAACGCAGCCGUGCCCUCAUCACCCGUUUUCGAAGACACCCCUCGGGCAGGCUCAGAGACUGCUGUCCCGCCGCCAGAACCGACUGCGAACGUCAACAUGAUCGUACCCGUGAUUGUCGUCGGAUUGCAGUCCGUCAAUGCCGAUGGCACGUCGCAGACCCAACAGCAUGCAGACCCGGCUCCUCCAAGGCCAGACACGCCUACGGUCGCGGAUGGAAUGGACGACGGAGUGCCAGAUACUCCGACGGCCAAUCCCAGGCGGCAGAGUUGGCGCAAUGCAUUGAGUCGAUUCCGGCCCACUCGUCGGAAUAGUGUCAAUACGCCCAAUGCUGCUCAGAACUCGGGUUCGAGGACCUUCUUGAUCUAUGUCAUAGGGGGAUACUAUCCUCCUAACCAUCAUAUGGUGACCGGCUCUGACAACCUCGACUCGUUCGAGGCACUGCUUGAACUCGCGGAGUUGUUGGGUCAGGUGAAGCCUCCUACCGCGACGCGGGAGGAGAUCGAGAAGUCUGGUCUCCAGAUCAUUAAGCCAUGCGACCUUGAGAAGUAUGAGAAGGAGGGGAGAGUAGCAUCAAAUUGCGUCGAUAGAUGUCUGAUCUGCUUAGAUGACUACUUCGCAGAGGACGAUUUAAGGGUCAUGUCAUGCAAGCAUGCGUUCCAUAAAAACUGCGUGGACAAGUGGAUGGAGACGGGCCGCAAUAACUGUCCUGCGUGUCGGUCAAAAGGUGUCUCUACUUCCGAUGAUCUCCAGAAUCAACCUUCAACACCUGUCACCCCAGCUUCCCCUCGUGUCGUCUGA